GAGGGCCGACCGCUGUGGGCCGCGGGCCCCUGGCCAGAGACCCGCCCCGCGGCCUCAUUCUGGCGGCUGGGCGGGCCCCUGGGGGCCUCGACGCCAUGGACGUCGUGGUGGUCGCCACGUUCGAGGACUUCGACGAGACCCUGGACAAGCGGCUCCGAGGCCCCCGCUACGGUCGGAGGCGCGCUACGCAGGCGCUCGUCCAUCACCUCGCACAGCAGCCCGAGGACGCGAUCCGGAAGGUUGACCUGCUGGUGCUGGACUGGAAGAGCCCGCCGAAGCAGGGCCCCAAGGAGGUGCAGGUCUCGCUCGGCCACGGUGGGGACGGCACGCGGGAGGCCGUGUGGGGCUCCCGGGACCAGCUGAUAGCCAAGUAUCCGGCAUCGGUGUGGGAUGUGGUCAUCUGCACCCAGACUCGUAGGCUCGUCCUCGACUUCGCUGCCAUGCUCAAGUCGCGGAGGCGCCUGGCGAUGGCCCACGACUACGACCUGCCCUUCGGGCCCUGGGGACAGGAGCAGACCUCGGAGCAGCUGCAGGAGCACUGUUCUAUCUGCGAGAAGUUUGAGCUCCUGUGCUCUUCCAGGCACCUUACAGAGUUCGUAGAGAAGUGGGGCGAGGGCCGCUUUAGGUCUCGCUGCUGCUACGCCGCAGACUACGGGUACUUCGAUCCCGUCCCGGCCGCGCUCAGCCCGUGGGAGGCGCGGCACGAGUUUGUGACGCUGGUGAGCCCCAGCCCCGAGAAGGGCCUCUGCAUUCUUCUGAGACUGGCCGAGGCGAUGCCAGACGUGAAAUUCCUUGCAGUCAAGACAGUUGCGCACACGAAGCCGUGGCACGAGCAGCUCCUGAAGAGACUCCAGAACGUGACCGUGAAGCCCGCGACGGAGCGGAUCGACGAAGUGCUCGGCCUCACAAAGGUCUUGAUCGCGCCGUCGGUGGGGCAGGAGGCAUUCGGGUACACGAUCUUGGAGGCCCAGCUUCGUGGCAUCCCUGUCGUUAGCACUGGCUCCUGCGGGCUGGCCGAGUCCAAUCGCGUGCCGGCGACCGCGGUCGACGCUCUGCCCAUCGUCUACGACCAGCGAACCCACGAGCUGGUCCUGGGGAUGACGAUGGAGGAGGCCGAGAGCUCGCUGCCAGCGGAUCGGCCUGGGAGCCUGACGAUGGAGCAGUGGCGGCAGACGGCCGCAAUGCAGGAAGGCUACCAGAAGGUGGCCCGCAUUUGA